UCGAAGAUUCUUCGGCUUGAAUUAAGUUCUCAAUCUCCAGUCUCUAGGUCGGAUGCUCAAUGGUGCUACAAGCGGGUGACGAUGACUUUUAAAGUUCGUUUACAUUAUUUUUUAAAGGCUUGUCUUCUUUAAGUGGAGUUUUGUUUGUUCAUCAGAUGCGUUCUACCCUUUCCUUGAGUAAUGUUAGGUAAACGGUUGAACGCGUUGGAUCAUCGACUUUUUCUCAAAAGUUCAUGAACACCUGUUAACCGAGCACCAACUUUUCAAAUAAAAAAAUUCAAACUUUAAAACAAUUCGCUCAUUAUCCGAUAUUAUUCCACUCAUCGAACUUAAUCACAAACUGCCAAAAUGAAGCUGGGUGAAAUCGUAAACGACUCAAUAAUAGAGAACAAGCAGAAAACGAAAUGCUACUGGGAGCAACUGAUGACCGCCAACUCCGAACAGACAGAUACGAACAGCAAAAAGAAAUCAAUUUCGCCAAGCACUAGUCGCGAUUGCAGUAUACUCAAGAGGUUCCCACCGUCAGACAAUGCACCUCCGAAGAUCAAGAGCUCGCUCAUCGAAAGAGAAAUUCAGCUGCAGAAGGAGAGAGAACUGGAACACCAGCAGUCGCGAUCAAAAUUUCAAAAACCGUCGCAGAAUAUUUCGGACAGUGCAACUCAACCUCGUACUCCCACCGAGAGUCCGGAUCUGUUAGGAUGUAGUUUGUCUCUCACUAACACGGAUGAUGGAAACCAUUCGGAGUACGGCAGUGAAGAUAAAGAGGAUCACAGCUUGGAGGAUGGAUUGAGUAUAUACCAUCACCAUCGUACAAGAUCUCUGGAUUCGAUGAGUUCCGGUCAUAGCUCAGCAUCCGGUUCAGGGUAUGGGUCUUUGGGUGAAUCCGGUGCACGCAGACGCCAAGUCACUGUUAAACCAUUAGAUGAACCCGACCAAGUCAAUACAUCUCAAUUUUUAAGGAAUGCGAAAGAAACACCAAUCGAGCGAGAGAUCAGAUUAAGCAAAGAGAGAGAAGACGAACUUCGCAGAAGUAAAGGAGAACCGAUUAUAGAAGUGAAACCCAAAGAACCUCUAGUUCAGGAAAAGAGCAAUAAGAUAGUGCUAACAGCUGAGAGGAGUAAUUCGAGCGACCAAAAUGAUAGUCCAGUUGAGAGGAGAGUGCCAGUAGUGUUCCGCAAAGAGUCAGUCAUUGUUGGAGCUAGUAGGCAAGCACCCAGUACGAAAGGAGCGAUACCAAAAAUAUUCUCUCCCAACCCUAAACAGAAAGGGCUGAUGAAACGGUUCAUUGCGUCCCGAGGAAGACUAUCUGCAACGUUCAUUCCUGUACAGUCACCUCAACCAAUUCAACCACCGGAGAAAAAAGAUUUAUCCUUACUGGGUGUGAGGCCAGGGUAUGUUUCUGCUGAGGAUAAAAUACAAGUUGAGCUCAAAGAGAUGAGGAAACGUGAGGAAGAACUCAGGAAGCAGCAAAUGGCCCGAUCUCAACCAAACCUUCUGGCGUGCUUCGAUGAUGAGCCUAAAAUCUUGGAUGAAAGUAAAGGAAGAGAAAAAGAAACAGAAGUGCCUAAAAUGGGCGUUUUGCGAUCUGCUCUGAGCAUUCCCAACCUUUUACACUCCGAAGAACCUAAUCAGCAUACUGAGAAGAGCAAACAAGCCAUCAAACGAAGCUCCAUGAUCGACGUUUGGGAAAGCAUGAUCCAGAAAAAUUGACCGGAGCUCUACUUCUUCCACACUGGUCAACCCGAUAGAAAAUUGUCACGUAUUCGUUCUGCCAUAAUAUAUUUUUUCCAUAAAAUAGAAGAAACUUUUCUUCGAUGUAAACUGAUCCUGGUGGAUUAAUAAUUUAAUUGAAAUAUUUUUACAGGGAGAGAAUUAACAUUUUCUGUAAUUGCUCUUGGUUUCAAGUGAUAUUUUAAUAAUUAAUAUUGGUAGCCAUGUUAUAAUGAAGCAUCAAACAAGUUAAUUUUAAAAAAAUCAACUUUUUUGAUUUUCAUAUACUGUGGUAUUAUUGAGAUAGUAAAACCUUCAUAAUAGAAAAAUAUUAAGGAUUCCAUUCCAUAUGUCUCAAUAAACAUUUAAAUAAUGUUGAGAAACUAGGUUCAACUGAAACUAUUGAUAAAUAAUGCAAGCGAUGGUUGAAUCAAAAAUUUGAACAAAAUACCCGUUGAUAACCCAAAAUAUAAAGACAAUCAUUGUUUAUAGAAUUAUUGUGUUAUAGAAAUAGUUUUAAAGCCACUCAAUAGUUUAGAUAUAAAACAAAUAGUCAUGCAUGUUCCACAUUUUGUGUUUAUUUUUAUAGAAAAGUUUUUCAAUUCGAUACACUAGUACCCUUUCUUGUUUUUCAAGACACUCAUUUAUGAAUUAGUUUACCGGGUUACAUUUUAUAAGCGUUUAUUUACUUGAAAGUGAUAUUUAGUCGCUAUCACGGACGAAUUGGUGAGAGAGUAGUGAUGAGAGAGUAGUGCACAGUGCACACUCAUUCCUCCUACAACUUGGUGGUAUUAUUCAGUGGACUAAGGUCGUAUCACCCACUCCAACACUUUUCGUAAAUAUUCGUAACUAUUCUCCUCUAUAUAUCUCCACUACUAUCAAUCCUAGUGUAGUAUACCAGAUGUUAUGCAAAACACAUGAUAUAAAUUAGUUAUAAUAUUAUAUAGUUUGUUGAUUUGGAAUUACUCUCUCUCUCUUUCUCUCUCUCCUACAUGUUAUGAUGAAGAUUACACACGUUAAAUACUCAAUCUUGAUAUUUAUUUUAUUCUAAUAUUCUACAUGGAGCAGUCGGUGAAUAAAAGUCACAGCAAAUGUCAACCAUUUGACGGAACAACCGAAGAUUGGAUUUAUUGGCACGAAAGAUUCUAGAUUUUCCUACGAAAUGGAAACAUCAAAAACGAAGACAAAAAGCGAUACUCACUACUUGAGAAUCUCGGAUUGCAACCAUUCAAGAUAGUUUUUGAUUCUAUGCAUCCGACCCCCAUAAACAACAUUGAAAUAUGUUCUGAAAUAUGCUCAGUAAAAAAACUGGGUUUUAACUUUUGAAACUGAUGAAGAAGCCAAGCGUCUGCAAUCAGAUGUUGAUGCUUAAAUAAAAAAGAUUGAACAUUGCUCCCGCAAUUAUAAAACAGGCGUUCCCAGCUAGAGUUUUCGAGGCAACUACAUCGCCGCCUCCCAUGCCUACGCAGUUUUACAUGUCGAAUAAUGGAAUACCUUACCAUUUUAAAAAUGGGACUGCCUUCUCUCAGCCUUCCCAACUUCAGGCCGCUCCUAUGCGCGUCGCAGCAGAAAUGUAUCCAGGUGCUGCAUACAUGCCUGCUCAAACGCCCCAGGCGGACGCACCGAUGAUGUAAGCAAAGAUACGUGGAAAAGAUUGUUGGAACUUAUUUAGUUUUUCUUGUAAGAUUCCAAUUCUUCAGUUCUGGCUGCUCGGGAAUGGCGGCAACCAUGACGGGAGGGGCACCAUAGGGAGGGUAUUGGCCGGGGGGGACUUGCGGCAUGUAGUAGUCGCUAGUCGCCGGCAGCCGGGGGCGGCACAAAAUAUGGUGGGGUGCCGUGUGGCGACAUGGAAAUCGGCGAUGGUGUGGUCGUGUCGUUGUUCAACGAAGCCAUUUGUUGCGUGUACAUGAUCGGAUUCUGCAUGCUUACAUCAUCGGUGCGUACGCCUGGGGCGUUUGAGCAGGCAUGUAUGCAGCACCUGGAUACAUUUCUGCUGCGAUACGCAUAGGAGUAGCCUGGAGUUGGGGAGGCUGGAAGAAGGCAGUCCCAUUUUUAAAAUGGUAAGGUAUUCCAUUAUUCGACAUGUAAAACUGCGUAGGCAUGGGAGGCGGCGAUGUAGUUGCCUCGAAAACUCUUGAUGUUGGACAUGUAGAAAUCGGAUUGGACAAAAAUUGGUACUGCUGCGACUACUACAUGCCCCCCCCCCCGGCCAGUACCCUCCAUACGGUGCCCCUCCCGUCAUGGUUGCCGCCAUUCCCGAGCAGCCGGAGCUGAAGAAUUGGAACCGUACAAGAAAAACUAAAUAAGUUCCAACAAUAGACACAUCUUUUCCACCUUCGAUCUCAAGAUAUAUCAUUAUCAACAAAAAGCUUACAAGAAGCAACAACAAAACAUGACACAACACUUGCAAAAUUUUCAAACUAUCUCUGAAGUGGUUGGACACACCGAUGAUGUAAGCAUGCAGAAUCCUAUGAUGUACACGCAACAAAUGCCUUCGUUGAACAACGACACGACCACAUCAUCGCCGAUUUCCAUGUCGCCCCACCAUAUUUUGUGCCGCCCCCGGCUGCCGGCGACUAGCGACUACUACAUGCCGCAAGUCCCCCCCGGCCAGUACCCUCCCUACGGUGCCUCUCCCGUCAUGGUUGCCGCCAUUCCCGAGCAGCCAGAACUGAAGAACUGGAAUCUUACAAGAAAAACUAAAUAAGUUCCAACAAAAGACACAUCUUUUCCACCUUCGAUCUCAAGAUAUACCAUUAUCAACAAAAAGCUUACAAGAAGCAACAACAAAACAUGACACAACACUUGCAAAAUUUUCAAACUAUCUCUGAAGUGGUUGGACAACAGAUGCAAAUGUAAGUAAAGAAUUACUACCAUAUUACAAUAAACGUGAAGAACUAUCAUUUGAAAAUAAGGCCAUGUAGAAUAUUAGAAUAAAAUAAAUAUCAAGAUUGAGUAUUUAACGUGUGUAAUCUUCAUCAUAACAUGUAGGAGAGAGAGAGUAAUCCCAAAUCAACAAACUAUAUAAUAUUAUAACUAAUUUAUAUCAUGUGUUUUGCAUAACAUCUGGUAUAUUACAUCUUCCCCCUUUCUUCUUAAAUUCAAUCUGCAUAUGGCAGUUGAGUCCACCCCCCCCCCAAAGUCCAAUCCCAGGUUCCGGGCAACAAACUUAAAGUUCCUCGCAUCAUCCAGCCAUUCUUUUUAUCAAUUUCAGUCUCUACAACUAGCGGUGGUGUCAUUCCAGGUUGUGACAGGGAUAACCGAGUAUUCUUCCGUAUUGUCUUUCUUUGAAAGUUUCUAUUAUUCUUUUUUCAUCUAUGUUUUCAAAUCACAAAGUCAAUUUCCCAGUUUCAGUACAGCCUUCUCAUUUUCAAUGACUGUUUCAUUGGCAGUCUGCAUAUGAACAGUCUGUAUAUGGUACUCUUCAGUGGUGAAGAGAGAGUUUGAUGCUGGGAGAAGUCAAUCUCAAUAAUAUUUGAUGUCUCGCAGUCUUCGAAAAGUUGGACGCUUGUAGCGGUCACAUUGUCUGACCUUGAAAAAUCGCAUUUGCUCUGUCGCUCAUUAAUUAGUCUUGUGUUGCUUGAGAAAAGUCCUGCUUAUUUUGAAACCACAACGUGGAGCGUUCAACUUUCCUAAUUCAAUGCCUAAGAUUUUAUCUGGAUUCAGAAUAAACCUUAUUUGACUUUGCAUACUGCCAAAUGCUGAUCUAAGUAUGUGGUAUAGAUUGGGUUUCUAGUCUUGACAUUUCGGUUGAGGUGUUCUGCCCAGAGUUCAGCUGGACCAGAACCCUCAAUCUUUGAGAAGUUUGUAGACUGUACAAACUUCUCAAAGAUUGAAGAUUUUGAUCAAAUCCAAUAAUAUUUCAACUAGAUAUCUGAAACUCUGAAGCAAAAACGUAUGUUGAGAAACAGUUCAUCUAAAGAAAACGUAUCAAAAUCUGCAAUCUUCAAUCUGAGAAGUUUGUCCAGUUUCACAAGAAUAUGGAACCAAUACGUGAGAUCAGUAUCUUUUAAUAUGGAAAUGACAGCUCAACUAUCGAGUAUAAUUCACCAAAUGAUGUGAACUUCAAUAUUUUCUCAGAUAGUGCAAUGAGUAUGAAUAUGUAAAGUUACAAAUUAAGUAAUUAUUAUGUUGAUCUAUGUAUUUGGCAUGUAUAGGGUUUCUAUUCUUUGCAUUAUGGUUGAAGUGUUCUGCCCAGAGCUCAGCUGGUGGGAUUUGUCCAGUUGUUAGCCUAUUCUUGGCAUCACAAUAUUGGUAAUUCAAUCUUCCGUGAAAUCUUGCUCUGUAUCUAAUCACUUGUCACCAAUUCUUGCAGUUGGUACUUCUUCAAUCAGUCUUGUGGUUGUGUGUUUGUCACUUAUCAGCUGGAAUAGCUAGAUCAUAAUUUUGAUCAAUAGCGGUCUCUCAUAUCAUUGCAUCUCUUGUAUCAGUCCUAUUGCAUCUCUUAUAUUUGAUUUGACUAGAAACUUCACUUUCCUCAGAUCAGGACGUUUGAUUUUCUCAAUUACCCACGCACUCAUCCCAUUACCCAAGAGCUUAUAUGAGCAUUAUCAGCAACAACAAAAAAUAUUUGCAGUAUAUAGGCCUGCAUAUUUUUAAAUGCAUUGCAUAAGUACCCUUUAUAUUUAUAAAAAGGGGUACCAGUAUAUUGAAUUGAAAAACUUUUAAAUACCGGUAUCUCUAAAAAAUAAAUAACAUUUAUAUUGGAAUUGUUCGAUUCAAGUAUUCAAUACCGGUAAUUACAUGUUUCUGUUUCAGGGACUUCGGUGCUUUCAUCCAAAUACAAAAAAUAUUAUCUUGAACAGUACUCUUCAGGAGUACUGAAGUGAAAAGCACUCCUAGAGAGUACGAGCACGUCAUAGUAGAAAUCAAUCAAUCUUCAUAAAUCCUCAUUUUGGACUGAAAACUCCAUGUCUCCAAGACUGUACUCAUUUUCUUGGAUCUGAUGAUCAUGGGGUGAAUACUUACAACUAUCACUUUGUAAUAAUUCUAUUCUCUCCUAUACAGACAUAUUUUAUGGAUCACUGAGAUCAAGUUCGAUAACCUAUUUUUAUU